CAAAAGCAUUUAACUCUGAGUAUGGAAGGAUUUUUGUGAAAGUAUCGGCGGGUUUACCAAAACUAGCAACACUGCAACAUUUCCUUCGAGUUCCCGUAAGCAGCAGCAGGUUUGAUACCUGAGACUUGCUGCGCCUUGUAUAUACACCCUAUAUUGUAGUUCCCGACUCGAAGCACUUGCUAAAGGAGUUGACCGAGGUUUGCCUGUCCGUGUAGACUACAUAGUUAAGAUAUCCCAUACAAUCGCUAAGCAGUAGCUGGUUUGCCAUCCUUGCGGAGUUCGCGGGCAAGCGUCGCGGCAAUAAUGGCUGACACGCUCCGAAGCCAACUCGAGGCGGGGCCACGCGACUCGCUUUUGGACGUAAUUCUCAAUCGAGUCCAAAAAUCUGGGAAGACCGUCCUCACCACCCGGAUUGUCUACGUGGCACGACUAGCGCAAAGGCAGAACAGCUCGGAUAGCGUAAGAGCGCUUCUGUCCAGGGUGAUAGAGAAGCACAGCUCUGUUGAGGGAGAGAUCACGGGGUUCCUGCUGGUAUACCCGCUGUGCUACAUUCACGUCAUCGAGGGCAAGACGCCGCAGCUGAUGGCGGUCCUGCGGGAAGUGCUGAACCACGGGGCAGACGUGCGGUUGGCGGAGACACGGGUGGUGUCCAGCUGCGAGGACGUGCCGGGGCGCCACUUCAACGGCUGGUAUGUGGCGUACCUGCCCUCAGGCAGCACUGUGGAGUCCAUGGACCCGCUGGACGCGUUCGGGGCCGUCAAGGGCGCCACCGACAUCAACACCUUCCUCCGCAAGGCCGGGCCGGAGCUGCUUGCGCCCAUGGACCCCGAGACGCGCCGCAAGCUGAGCAACGUGGACGCGUCGCUGGAGGACGUGCCGGCGCAGGAGCUGGUGCUGUCGCUAACGCCCACCGAGGACGCGCCCACUGUGGCAGAGUACCUGGACAUUUUUGACGCGCCUGUCAAUGUGGACCUGGAGAGCGAGCAGGUGUGGCCCAUGCCGCCGCCGCUCAAAUACUAAGCGGGGGGCUAGGAGGCCAGGAGGCUGGUGCAGGUUGCGGAGAGAAGGGGCGAUGGUGCGAGGCGGUGGCUGCGGCCACAGGUGUUGUGCGGAGGUGGAGGUGGAGGCGAGGAGGAUCAGGCCAGCGGGGUUCGCUUGUCGCAGACAAGGGUGUGCGAGUGGACAGGGUUAAGGCAGGUUGGUGAAUUCCCGUUGGGUGCAGCUGAUUCUCAGACCCCAGCACAUGGCAAACAACAAUUUGCGAUGGCAGUACAUGAGCGCGCGACUGGUCCAACGCGGGCGUUGCUGUACCGGCAAGUUGCUGGCUGGCUGGAAGUUUGCAGACGAGGGUGGUCUGCGUCGCUUUUAAGUCGAGGACCCGGGUGUGUGUACCGUAUCCUGGAGUCUGGUCGAGAUGUGUGGAGGCUGAGCGCAGAGUAUGGUUCGGCACCGCCGCACCAGUGUGCUUAACCUGUGCCGCUGUGGCGCACUGACAACUCCUCCUGCCCACUUCGCGUGGUCCAUCGCACUGACAUUCUGACAAGCCGUAGCCAUGUAUGCAAGGGGCAACCCACCGGAUGCCCAGGUCCAAGUGCCAACGGCCAAAUGGUGAAGGGAGCACGGAGGACGCGCAAAUCCGCAUCAGUGGAUGAGAGC